CCCUCGCAGCGGGCGGGCCCGGAAGAGCCGGGGGGCGGGGUGCCCGGGCUCUGCGGGGCCAUGGGCGGAUCGGUGCUGCUGCCGCUGCUGCUGCCGCUGCUGCUGCUGCCCGGGGCCGCCGGCGGAGCGGCGGUGUGCGGGCUCUGCCCGGGGCCGCCGCGGAACGACUCGGUCGUGUCCCGGUACUGCGCGUCCCGGGCCGGUGCCGAGAGCGACGGACGGUGCUGCCGGGAGCGGGGCGCCCGCCCGGAGCGGCUGCUCGGGCUGGAUCUGAGCAACUGCUCCCUGCGCAGCCUCCCCCCGGCGCUGGCUGAGGCCGCGGCCACCGUCGUCCUGGACCUGACAGACAACCCGCUGACAGCGCUCCCCAACGGCUCCUUCCUGGGCUUCACCCAGCUGCAGUGCCUCGCGGUGCCGCUGUCGCUGCAGUGCCCGGGCGGGAGCGGCGCCUGGGAGGAGGUGACGGCGAGCGGGGGCGGCCGGCUGUGCCGGGGCCAGCGGAACCUCUGCAACAGCUCCGGGGAGCUCGCCUGGCCGUGCCCUGAGAACGCCGCCUGUGCCCCGGCCGGCCCCGGCCUCGCCCAGUGCCUGUGCAGCAGCCCCUUCCACGGGUACAAGUGCCUGCGGGAGGGCGCGUUCCCCGUGCUGCCGUUCUGCGGGAUCCUGGGAGCCGUCACGCUGUCCCUGUCCGUGCUGCUGUGGGGCACCCAGCGCCGGAAAGCCAAGACCCCCUGAGCGGGGAGGGGGUGCCUGUACUGCGGCGGGGGGGCUGGGGGUGCUGGGCGCUCUGUGCCCCCGCGGCUGCCUCACCGCGGGGGGGCUGGGGACGAAUAAAGUCCGCAGCAUCCUGUCCGUGUGUGUCCGUGUGUCUGUCUGACUCCUGGGGGGGAGGGACCCUCCAGGCAGCUUUGCGGACCCCCGCGCGGGGGUGGGGGUGCCGCCUGACCCACCCGCGCUGCCGGGGAGGAGCCCCCGGAGCCCCGGCCCGAACCCGCGGGGGCAGGGGGAGCCGCAGCGGGGCCGGAUCGCCAAUGCACGGGGCCGGGGGCGUGGCCAUGCAGAUUAGUUCCCGCGCGGCAUGACGGGAGCUUCCCGCGCCACGACAACACCACCCACGGGCGUGCGCGAGUGUUGCGUGGGCGCCGCGUGUGGGCGAGACGCGGGGCGCGGGCCGGGGCGUCGUGCGGCGCGUGCGCGGGUGUCGGCGCGGGGUGUCCGUGUGGUGGGGGUGCGCGGGGCGGCGUGGGGCGGCGCGGGCGCGGGAGCGGGGCAUACUUACCUGGCAGGGGAGACACCAUGAUCAGGCAGGUGGUUUUCCCAGGGCGAGGCUCAUCCCUUGCACUCCGGGUGUGCUGACCCCUGCGAUUUCCCCAAAUGCGGGAAACUCGACUGCAUAAUUUGUGGUAGUGGGGGACUGCGUUCGCGCUCUCCCCUG